AUGCCCCUCGCCUUCCCUUUUCCCCUCCCCUUCCACAUUCUUUCCAACUCAGGGCUUCAUUCGCAACCCUGCACCGGGGCCCUUUGGCCAACCAGUAUCCGGGACUCGUUUGUCGCCGCCACUCAUGAGCUUCGCAUCACCAAGACCGACCGCAAGAACCCAAGCGACCAUGCGUUAUGGCAAGAUGCUGUAUCGGCCGACAACUUGGACUUCGACUGGGCCGUAUGGCUUGUCCUACGAACUAUCUAUUAUGAUACUGUUGAUAAAAUGGAAAGCCGCCUGUCUUUCAAGAAUGGGCUUGCAGUAAAGAAGAUUACUGAGCGUUACCAAGGGAUUGAUAUUUUUAAUACAUGGUUUCCCAUUAUCUGGGCACCUCGACCGAGUAAAUGGGGCCGCAUUGCCAGUCGUUCCGCUUCGAAUCCUGAGUCCCGACCAAUCGGUCAAGGUGACAGUCAACCAAACACCAUCAAUCCUUCCAUCCAGCCAUCUGGUAUAAAUCGCCCUGUCCCUGCUCUCAAUCAUUCCACACCGAUCAAUCGACAACCCGAGGCGGAUGAGGCUGUUACCAACAGUCAUUCAGCUGGCGGGGUUACUGUUACACAAGUGCAGAAUCCGGGAUCUGAGGACUUCAGAUUCGUGGUCAAUAUCCAGGCCAGGGAGUUCCUGCAGAGACACCCACCAUCAGUCGCCCACGAGACCGAAUCCAUCGUUGAACAGGUCAAGUUGGAAAUGCAAACCUGGGUUACUCAACAAAUUCAGUCGGCUAUGAACACGGUCAAGGAGGAUCUCAUCAAAACGAUCAGAGACGAAAUCGCCGAACGUUGCAACGAAGCCAAAACUGAUCUAAAACCCUGGAUCAUUCAGACAAUUGAUACUACGGUCACCGAUCAAAGGAACCAGGAAAAGGCAAAAAAGGCUGAUCUAAAGAGAAGUUUUGAAGCCUUCCAGAAGUCGCAACAGGACAACUAG